AUGACUUGGCUGAACAAGAUCAAUCCGACACCGUCGUUUCCAGAAUAUACGGGGCCGUACAAAGUUGGGUCAGUGGAUGUGGAAGUACCAACAAGUCAGCUGGAGGCGCCUGGACGGUCGGACAGCCCGUGUACCAACCUGUCAACGGUAUCAUUCCGCGUAUUCUACCCGGCACGGCCAGAAAGUGAGCAGAAGGGCGUUAGAUGGAUACCCAGCCCUCAGAAGGAGGUUGUGAGCGCUUAUGCAAAGUUCCUAGGUGCGGGUAAUGCAAUGGCAGGGUUGUUUGCGACACUUCCACAAUUAUUGUACUACGUUACGGUUCCCGUGCAUCACAAUGCCGAUAUUCUCGAGCCACCGACCGAAUCGAAACGUUGGCCCGUAAUGAUGUUCUCACACGGUCUUGGAGGGUCCAGGAACGCAUAUUCGCAUAUCUGUGGCUCGUUGGCAAGUCACGGUGUUGUAGUUGUUGCACCGGAACAUAGGGACGGAAGCUGCCCAAUCUCGUUUAUUCACACGCCAGAAGAGAAGGCAAAGAUGAAAACGAUAGCAUACAGGAAGGUGCCCCACAAGGCGUCCAAGGAGGUAUACGAGGCACGAGACGAGCAGCUACGGAUACGACUCUGGGAGCUAGGCUUGAUCCACGAAGCUCUCCUCAAGAUUGACAACCGGAUGCCUCUCAAGAAUGUUGCGGAAGACCAGAAAAGAACAGGCGGGAAGGACAUGCUUACCAUGUUCUCUCACUUGCUAGAUGUUCAUGAGCCGGGCAAGAUCUCCUUCGCUGGUCACUCCUUCGGCGGAGCGACAACAGUACAAUUCGUCAAGUCCGUCUAUUACCACAAUGCAACAAAACUCAAGUCUUAUCACCCACUCUUCGCGCCUGCAGAAGACUCGAGUAUCGUCCGCCAAAUCACCCCUCAGACGCCUGUCAUGCUCCUCGAUUUAUGGACGCUACCCAUCCAGAGCCCGACAACGUCAUGGCUUCGCAAUAAACCCAUGCCGUGCUACGAUUCGCCAGCCGGUGGCUCAAACUUGCUUGCUAUUCUCUCCGAGGCAUUCUACAAAUGGUCGUCCAAUUUGAACGACACGAAGCGCAUCGUCUCCAAGCCGACAGAUUCCGCUGUCAAGUACCCCAAUCAACCAGGCCCGCACAUCUUCUACCCGACAGCCUCGGCGCAUCUCUCCCAGUCCGACUUUGGUGUUCUCUUCCCGUGGAUCACGACGAAAGUUUUUGGUGCGAAGGAGCCGGAGCGGGUACUCCGCCUCAACGCGCGCGCCAUGCUGCAAAUCAUGCGUAAUGCUGAUAUUGAAGUUGCAGCGACCAGUAAAGAGGACAUGGAGCUGCAAGAUGUGGAAGGAUUACAAAAGGGAGUUCCUCAGGACGAGAAAAUCUUGAGUCAUGUGGAGGAAUCUAUAAGAGGUUGGAUUAGCCUAGGUACGGAGCUGUAUGGAGGAUUGAGCGAGGUGGAGAAGGGGCCUGGAGACGCAAUGGUCGAGGGAGAGGUUCUGGGGCAGGUGGUGAGUAACGAAGAAAGAGCGAUGGCGUAG